AUUUAUAAAACAAUAUAUUAUAUAUUAUAACAAGUAUUAUUUAUAUAUCCAAACAUCGUAUUAGACCAAAAGAUAUCUCCUUUGUAUUUGAUAUAAAUAUAUUAAAUAAUUUAAUAUAAAAGAAAAAUGCCAUUAAAAAGAAAAGGUAAAGUUAAUAAGUUUGCUCGUAUGAGCGAAGAAGAACGUGUUCGUUAUAUGCAGCAUCGUGCAGAAUUAGAAUUAGAAGCGAAAAGACGUAAACAACAAUUGGUAGCAAUUUUUAGUAAGAACAAAUUGAAACGCGAAGAAGCUUUUUCUAGAUUAAAUACAGCAAAAAUAAAUGAACAGUGGCGAUUUAUUCUUCGUCGGAUCAAAUGUAAAGAAUUCUACGAAGAUGUAACGUAUCUUUGGAAAAACUUUGAUAGAAUGAUAAAUAAUAAGGAUAAAAUAGUACAGUUAUUGCAUGUAGAAAUAAAGAUGGCAGAUAUUGAUCAUAGAAGAUCGCAAGAGGCUCAUAUUGGAAUAAUAAAUAAAAUUAUUGAAUUAUACACGCAAAAACUUAGAGCUUUAUGUGAUGAUUAUAUUUAUAAAGUGCAUAGCGUUCAAGGUGAAGAAACAAUCGAAUUAAAUAAAUUGAAAAUAAAUAUGGAAAGGGCUUGUAAAGAAAUAAAAGUUAUUACUACAAAUGAGAAAAUAGAAUUGGAAAAAAUAUUAACAAAAACAAGAUCACAAAAUGCUAUUAAUAUUUGUAAUAUAAUUUCAUUGAGAAAAGAUAUGAUGUUAGAACUUCAAAACAAAAUUUCUAUUAAAAUAGAAAGUUUAUCAGAAGAGUUAAAUGAGAUAAUGUUAGAAUAUAAUAAAACCACAGAAACUAAAAGAAAACAGUAUGAAUUUUUAAAGGAACAGGAUGAUGCUAAUUUUACUGAAAUGACACAAUAUCCAAAAUUAAAUACACAAUUACAAAAUACAAUUAAUACUAUAAAGAAUGAAAUAGAAAAUUUACUAGAAAAAAGGAAGUUUAGCAUUAAUAAGUUGAAAUAUCAAAUGAAAUUUAUGAGAAACAAAUCAUUGGCGAUAAGAAAAAAUUUUAAAACUAAUCAGAUUUUAGAAUCUACACAGUUAAAAAAUUUAAGUGUUGUUUGUAAUAAUGUCAUAAAGGAUUUGGAAAAAAUUACUAAAAAAGGUUUUGCACUGUUAUCAUUGAUGAAAUUAUGUUCAGAAUUAGAACCUUUAUCGGUGUCCAUUAAAAUGUAUAUUUCUUCUGACAUAGAUAUCGUAGAAGAGUCAACUAUGUAUUGCGUAUCUAAACCAUUUCAAAAAUUAGAAAAGUUUUGGUUGCGUUAUAAUCAUAUAAAGGUCGAAAAUAUUUCGAUGAAGAAAGAAUGUAAUAAAUUGUCAGCAGAAAACAAACAUUUAAGAUAUAUGUUACGUAAUUACCUCAUCAGUGUCUCCAGGAUGGAGACUACAUUACCAAUUACAUCAAUUGCUAUAUAAGUAGAAUGCAAAUAAAGUAAUUCAAAAGAUUUUGAUAAAAAUUCUUUUUUUAUAUUAAUAUUUAUAGAACAAAAUAAUCGAAAAAUAUUUUAUACUGCAAUCAUUAACGAUGAGUAAAUAUUCCUCCUCCUAAGGUCAAAUAUUUGUAAGGUCUUGCACGGGUACGACCUUUGACAGGAUGAAAAAAGAUUUUUUCUUUAGGUGCCAUACUUUCUGUUUCCAAAUAUAUAUCGAAACACGCUCUUAAACGUUGUAAUUGUGCUGAUAUGGUGGGUGGUUUUGUCCACAUAACGUUUACUUCACGUUCAAUGUCUCUUAAUAUAUCUGCAGAUGCAGGGACCAUAGGACUUAUGCUUAUGCUAAAUAAUGCAGCUACCUUUGGAUAAUCCGGUUUUAUAGCAAUUCUAGCGAUAAGUUCACCUAGAAAAGAUUUCAUAUUUAAUAUAUUCUUUUUUUUUAUAAUUAAGUUAAAUAAAUUUAUUUAAAAAAAAGAAAAAAAAUACUAUACUGCUUCCACGACGUAAUACAGCUUCAUAAAAUAUAUCAACAGCUGAUACCAAUCCUUCUCGACAUAUGGGUACGUUUGCAUAAUUUGAGUAAUUUUUCCAUGUCAUUGUAGUAAAUCUAUAUAAUAUGGUAGUGAUUUUUUGUGGCAAUGGAUCAACAGUAUUUACAAAUAUAGGUAAGUUUCCUGAUUCCAAUCGACGAAUUUCUCUACAUAAUUCUAAUCGUGCUUUUACUCGUCUUUUUAUUUCUUUCAGAACACUUACAACGCUAUCUUGUGUUGAUUCUUGAACAGUAAGCUGUAAAUUAAAUAUUAUGUGAAAAAAUUGCUAAGAACAUUUGCAUUUAACAUAAAGUAUAAAAGCUAUUUACUUUUUGAUCAUGAGGGUUAGCUGAAAUAAAGUGCAACCCAGCCAUUCUUUGAGCCCAUCUAUAAGGAAUACCUAAUCCUAAUGUUGAAAAUAGUCCUAAAUUGUGACGUGCUAAUUGGUAAUGAUUGGCAGGAUUUGGGCUUUCUAUACCCAGAUCAUUGGGAUAUAAUUCACGAAGAACUGAUUCUGAUACAAGCAUAUCUCUGUUGUAAAAAAAAAAAAAAAAAAAAAAAAAAAGAAUUUUGUCGAUA